AAACAGCAACACCAGACAUAGACGAGGAAAUAAAGCAAAGUGAUCCACUGAACCAGAGUGUUUGCCCUCUCAUAAUUACGUUGAGCUUUUCCCUUUUUUCACCCUCCCCCUGCUUCUUUUUUUUUCAUCACUCUUUGAGACUUCGGGGCUAGUGGUAAUUAGCCAGAAGAGAAUAAAACCAGCUGAUCGGGAGAGGGGUGGUGCAUUUUGGAGCGAGAUGGCUAACAGAAACAUUCUGUUGCUCUUCUGUGGACUCUUCCUCUUAGCACUGAUUCAACCCUCUCUUCAAGGAGGUGUGUAUCUACCACCUGGUGCUGGGUUAGGACCAGGAGGCGGUGGAACAGGAACUGGAUUCUUUCCAGGGGCUGCUGGAGGGUUCCCUGCGGGCUAUAAACCAGCUAAAGCUGCAGGAGGUUAUGCAGGAGGAGGUGGAGGCCGAGGCCUAUUCGUGCCAGGGGCAGGUGGCCAGGUCAUUGCAGGAUUGCCAGCAGGACAAGGUGGAAAAGCCCCUAAACCAGGAUAUGGAAAUCUAGGAGGUGGCGGCCUGGGGCCUGGAGGCUAUGGAGGAGGUGGCUAUGGGGGCUACUAUCCGGGAGCUGGAUCAAAGGCUGCUAAAAGCGGGGUUGGAGGAGGAGGAGGUCCUGGAGUCACUGGAACUGGACCUGGACUGCCUGGUGGAGCACCUGUUAUUCCUCAGACCGGCCUUCCUGGAGGUGGUGGCGCAGGAAAAAAAGCUGCCAAAGUGCCAGGUGUGGGUGUACCUGGCCUUUAUCAAGGUGGACUGGUGCCUGGACAAGGGUUUGGUGGACGUGGAGUUCUGCCUGGAGUGCCCACUGGGUCUCAACUCAAUCCCAAAUCAAUUGCAGGAGGAGUAGGAGGAGGACAGCAAGGUGUCCGUGGGUAUGGGGGACCAAUGCAGCCAGGAGUGUUCCAUGGAUACCCCCUCAAAUCACCCAAAGUGCAAGGUGCCUAUGGAGCAAAAACUGCAGGUGGAAAACUUACAUAUGGUUAUGGCGGCUUUAAUGUUGCACCUGGACUGCCAGGAGUGCAAGGUGGCCCUGGGUCGAAGCCAGGAUAUCCUGUUGGAACUGGAGUGGGACUUGGGGUCAUUUCACCUGGUCAGGGUGGUACUGGAGGCUUUGGAGCUGGUGGUGGUGGCUUUGGUGGCACUGGUGGGCUGUAUCCAGGCCAGGUGUCAGGAGGGUAUGGAGCUGCUAAGGCUGCCAAAUAUGGAGUACCAGGAGGUGUACCUGGGGGAGUACCAGGAGGUGUACCUGGGGGAGUGCCAGGAGGUGUACCUGGGGGAGUACCAGGAGGUGCACCGAUUGGAAGAAUUCCAGCGGUUGGUGGAUAUUCACCAGCAGCAAAAGCUGCUAAAUAUGGCACAGGAGGGCAACUAGGAACAGGACAACUAGGAACAGGGCAACUUGGAACAGGAGGGCAACUAGGAACAGGACAACUAGGAACAGGGCAACUUGGAACAGGAGGGCAACUAGGCACAGGAGGAGGAUAUUAUCCUGCAAGCAAAGCUGCCAAAUACGGGGGACAACUUGGAACGGGACAACUUGGAACGGGACAACUUGGAACGGGACAACUUGGAACGGGACAACUUGGAACAGGGCAACUAGGAACUGGAGGAGGAUAUUAUCCUGCAAGCAAAGCUGCUAAAUACGGAGGGCAACUUGGAACAGGCCAACUAGGAACAGGCCAACUAGGAACAGGCCAACUUGGAACAGGCCAACUAGGAACAGGCCAACUAGGAACAGGAGGGCAACUUGGAACAGGCCAACUAGGAACAGGCCAACUAGGAACAGGACAACUAGGAACAGGACAACUAGGAACAGGAGGGCAACUUGGAACAGGGGGAGGAUAUUAUCCUGCAAGCAAAGCUGCCAAAUACGGGGGACAACUUGGAACAGGAGGACAACUUGGAACAGGAGGACAACUUGGAACAGGAGGGCAACUUGGAACAGGAGGGCAACUUGGAACAGGAGGAGCAUAUUAUGCUGCAAGCAAAGCUGCCAAAUACGGUCAAGGUGGUGGAGGGUUUAUUCCAGGUGUUCGUGGAGGUGGUGGAGGAGGAUUUUUACCAGGAUAUGGAUCUUUGGCAGCCAAACCUCCUAAAUAUGGAGUGCCAGGAGCAGGCCUAGGAGGAGGGGUUGUCCCAGGAAGAGGAGGGGUUUUCCCAGGGGGAACAGGACAGGUAGUCCCUGGUGGUGGAUUGGGUGGUUUUGGAGGUGGUGCUGGAGUCAAACCACCAAAGUAUGGAGUUCCUGGAGGAGCCGGAACAGGGCUAGGACCUGGAGGAGUUCCUAUUGGAGGAUCAGGAGUUGCAGGUGGACCGUACUCCCCCGCCGCAAAAGCUGCUAAAUACGGAGUUGGAACUGGAGGUCUACCUGGAGGAUUUCCAGUUGGAGCAAAAGCACCAAAAUACGUAGUUCCAGGAGUGACUCCAUACACACCUGUCAGUUUUCCAAAUGGCUCUGUUGUACCUGGUCAAUUAGUUCCUGGAAAACCAGCAAAGGAUGUCAGUGGAACUCCUCAGCCAGGUGUUUCUGGUGGAAUUGUUCAGCCUAGUGCUGGCACAGGUGUUGUUGGAACAGGAGUUGACGCUCCCACUGGUGUUGACACUUCACGCCAAGUUCAACCUGGUCCUGGUGUUGGAACAGUUGGAAAAGCACCCAAACCAUUUAUACCAGGUACUGGCUAUCCUUAUGGAGCACCUUAUGGAGUACCUUUAGGCACUGGACCCGGAACUGGACCCGGAACUGGGCCUGGAACUGGAACACUGCCUGGAGCAAAGCCUCUGAAACCUCCAGCUGUGGGUGGUGUUGGAGAGAGACCAGGAAUCCCACUGGCUGCAGGAGGUUAUCAAGGUGGAGUUGCGUAUCCUGGAGCUGCAGCUAAAGCGCCGAAACCAGGCUACGGCAAUAUUGGAGGUGGUGGCGGAUACCAACAAGGUGUAGUUCCUGGUUACAGAGGAGGAUACCCCCAGCAGUACUACCAAGGAUAUGUGCCAGCCCCGCUGACUCCUCAACAAGCCAAAGCAGCAAAGUACGGUGCUCUGCAGGGCUUCCUUGGUGGCGCAGGUGGAGGAGGAGGCGGAGGAUUCUAUAGAGGUGGCGUUGCAGGAUGCCAGGGCAAAUACUGUGGGAGGAGGAAGUAGAGGAUCUCUCGAGAUCCAGUGACCUCAAGAAACCAUGGUGCUACUGCAUGAUCGAGAAUGUACAUUUUAUAUGCAAAGCCCCAUUAGACAACCUGUAAAGAUGUUUGUUUUUACUUACUUGACUUCAGUGUCUGUUUUUACACAAACCCACCGACCCAGAAUUUUGUACAUGUGACGUAUGUUAUUGACAGUGCCUUUUAAUCAUUAACGUGUUCAAGUUAACCAAGUUAAUUCUGUACCGCACCGGCCCACCAUGUGUCGCUGCGUCCGUGCACACACGCCUGCACGUGUGUGUAUUGUUUGUUUGAAACUCUGUCUGUACCAUCGGCUGUCAAUGUCACCCACAAGUGAUUUCCCUUUCUGCUUUAAUCCUAAACGAAAUCAAGGUGAUCCGUCUCACUGGGCAGCACAGGGCUCGUCUGCUCCUCUCUGACCUGUCACAGGGGUGGGGUUGGUCAUAGCUAGGCCGAAAUCUGAUGAUAUCCAUCCAAUGUCAGUGCGGUUCCUGGCUCCCCAUUUUCUCUGCUGCCAUUUUUAGGCCUGCUGGGUAUAAAGCGGUGGUAACUGGGGCUCCAGCCAACCCAUCUGCUCUCACCAACUUUGCUGAUUCUUGUUGCUGUGCAGUUCAGUGUUCUCAGCUUUUUUGUGUUAAAUGUUGCCAAACACUUUCUGCUGAAGACAGUCAAAAAGCAGUGGGUUUAAAUAUCAAUCAGACACUGCUUUGGUAUGUACGCGACGUGUAUGUGCGUGUGUGUUUCAUUAUGUGUCGUGUUUAAGUCUGCUUCAAAUGUUUAGUCUCAUUUACAUUUAUGUAACUGGUCAUUAUUCAAGAUUUGCGGCACCAUGAUUUGACUCAUAGCUUUUUUGUUAUCAGGAAUGUGUGAGCAUUAAAAAAAACAAUCCUUUGCUUUUGCAUUUAUUCACUGUUAUUAACUGUAAUACAGAUUAAUACUUUGUUUUAAUGGGAAUGCCGCUGUGUUUAUGUGAGGCACAAAAUCCCUGUUCUUUAUUUACUUGAGCUGCUUUAAAAAAAACAAAACCAAAGGCUUUACUGACCAAAGGUUCAUGAGCGCUGUUGCCAAGUGACCCCUAUCUCUUCCCGUAACUGUGUACUGUAUUUUGUACUAAUUUGAUGGCUUCAGUUCCUUCACUCGGUGCUGUGUAAGAACUGUCUUUGAGCCUCGCUGGGUCAGACCUUGUCUUAUGUGGCGUGGGAUAGUCUUCAUCUUUAUUUAAAACUGUUUUUAUAAGGAGGAACAGUGUGGUUUUGCACUUUUUAUGUUUCCACGGCACACAUGUGACUUGUUCCCGGACAUCCCGGCAUUUUAUUUGCUUUAACAAAUAACAAAAUAAAAUGUGUUUAAAGAA